UCUGUGAUUCGUGCAAUUGUUAUGCAUAUUAAUGAGGCUUUUUUUUAUGUAUAAAGCAGAGCAGUUAAAAGGGAAUGUGUUCAGAAUCAGCGUUGGAUCAGAGAGGAGAGGAUCUUGCAAAGGGAGGAGGGGGAAAGCUGAGAUCCUCUGCAUAAGCACAUAACACACACACACACACACCAGGAGUGAGAGGAGACUGAGAUCAAGCAUUGAAGCUGAACUCCUUGGACUGCUCCACUUUGCUAAACAUUGCUCCACCGACUUGCAGUCACUCUGAACAAACACAGCUAUGAAACGUGCAGCAGCAGCAGCCCUUAUCCUCUUGAUCAUCGCGAUUUAUUCCACUGAUGUGGAAGCUUACAAAUGCAAAUGCAUCCGAAAGGGACCGAAAAUCCACUACAAGAAAGUUAAGAAAGUGGAGAUUAAACCCAGAUACCCUUACUGUCAGGAGAAAAUGAUCUUCGUUACCAUGCAAAAGGCAGCUCGGUUUAAAGGGCAUCAAUAUUGCCUCCAUCCCAAACUGCAGAGCACCAAGAAUCUAAUUCAGUGGUACAACAAGUGGAAACGGGAUCACAGGGUUUAUGAAGCAUAGAAAAGCUUCUUUUCAGCCCUAUGGGUUAAGAGCCACACAGACGAGAUUAUUUUGCUCCUUACACUCUUUGCAGUCAACCGGUUGCUGUGACUAAGCUUAUUCUGCCCUAUUUAGUUCCUUUACUGGAACUGUCUCCUGUAAACAACUCACGUAAAUGACUGAUACCAAUUUUAACCAAUAAAAAAAAACAUUUUGUUACAUCCCCAAAAUUAAAUGACGCGUUCAAAAUGAUAUCAGUUAUACUUACAACUGCACAGAGCCAACUUGGUGAAACUUGCUAAACAAAGCAGAGUAACCCUUACUCUAAAGAAUUUGCAGCAACAAGAAUAACAACUUGCAUUUAUAUAGCGUGUAUGGUUCAGAACUAUCAGUGUGAGUGGUUUAAAGAUCUUCGUUUCAUUUCCAACCCUUUAUAAGAUGGUAAAGCAAUGUUUUACCCUUGAGAAUGUGCUUCAAUGGGUGGGUGACUGGAGUCUGAUCCGCAAAACCCUGUCGAUCAUCUUUCAGCUCCGAAGGGAAUACAUUCUCAUUCACCACACGACUGUAUAAAUACUCAUUCAAAUAAAUGACUGUAGAAAAAUGUCUCGUUUUAUCAAAUAUGCCGUGUAAUUUGAUAUUUUUGUAUUCAUUACUGAUAUAUAGAAAUAUAUAAAACUAGCACUCUUGAUUUGCAUUGUUUUACCUUUGGGGGAACAAUUCUGUACUUUUCACUCGAGUGUUCUAAGGAGUCAAACUUGUUUUAAACAUGGAUAAAAAAUAAAUGUUUUGAGAAGAUUGUUUAUAUAUAUAUACUGUACUCUGCCUUUUUAUUUUGAGGCUGGGAUAGGGGUUAUCAAUUUUAUGUGAAGAGGGGAUUGGCUUAAACAUUAUUUUAAAUCAAGUUUUGCAAAGGAUUUGUAAAUGGCUAAGAUUACAGAUGCCAAAUGUAUGAUUUCCCCACAAGAUGAUCCAUAUUCCCGCCAAGUGACAGUGGAUGACUUUGGCCAAAAGAAUAAUAAUUUGGUCACUGAAUCCACGACUGUUUGUGGGACACUGCUGUGCGCAAUUGGCUGCCGCGUUUCACCCACACAGUUAUACAGUCAAUUCACUUUACAGUAUAUUCUGUGAAGCGCUUUGAGACAAAUCAAAAACGUGAUAAGGCGCAAUAUCAAUUACAAGGAUUAUUAUUAUAAUCUGGCUUCAUGGAAAUCCAACUGAGAUUGAUACCUGAGUAGAGAGAUGCACUUGCAUGAUAUGUCAUUUACAAAUCCUUUACAACGUCACAAUUACAGCUGUGAUCGUUUGGUGUUUUGUAUUCAUCUUUAGCUCUGCUUAAAUAUAUUCACACUUUGGUGUGUUGUGUGUGUGUGUGUGUGUGUGUGUGUGUAUAACAUCUGAGAAAGUUGCAUUCACAUUUGAUAAGCUAUUUUAAGUAUUUUCAAGUAGAAUUUAAUUAAAAAAUGCAAGUUGUAUUGUUUCUCAUUCAGUGUGAUGAGGUUUUAGACGAUGGACAUCCAAAUCAUUUUGUUGCAUUUCUAGUUUUUUUUUCUUUGUAUUUUUCUGUACAUCAUUAGGGUGCUCUUCUGAAAUAAACUUAUUUAUACUACA